CACUGCUGUCUACUGUCACGCUCUGUCUCUCCUCCGGCCAACGCCACGACUGCCACCCUUGGGGGCUGUCCAUACGCAAUAGGAUGGGGAAUGAGAUCGCGAAGAAAUAUGAGAUGGACGAGGAACCGAGCGCGUCCGGCGGCCUGGCCUGCCUCUGGAAGAUCUACAAGGCCACGGACAAGGCCACCGGGAACCCGGUGUCGGUGUUCGUCUUCACCAAGGAAGACCUCAAGGACGUCGACAAGGCGCUACGAGAGCAGGUGCUCGUGAUUCUCAGACGAGAGCUCAAGGUGCUGGAAGGGAUGGCGGCGCGGAAGCACCCGAGCGUCGUGCGGCACAUCGAGUCCUUCGAGGAGACCAAGAAGCUACUCGCCUUCGUGACGGAGCGCGUGUCGUGCUCCCUGGCGGACGCGAUAGGGGAGAGCCCCGUGGGCGCCCUUCCCCCGGCGGCGGCGUCCGCGGCGCGGCGCGGCUUCGAGCGGUACGAGGUCGCCCGCGGGUUCUUCGGCCUGUGCGAGGGGCUGCAGUUCGUGCACACAAUACGGCGGCGCCUGCACCUCAACCUCGCCCCGGAGUCCAUCUUCCUGGCCCCCAGCGGCCAGUUCAAGCUCGGCGGCUUCGGCUUCAGCGUCGACCUCCCGUCCACCGGCGCCAGCAGCACGCCGUGCCCGUACUUCCAGACGGGCGCCCGGUCCGGGUUCGAGGGCACGUGGCGGCUGCACCCGGUGAUGGCCUAUUCGUCGCCGGAGGCGACGGCGCCCGCGGGAAGCAGCGACGUCUCGUGCGCGAGCGACAUGUUCUCCCUGGGCACCCUCAUGUACCAGCUGUGUCGGGACGACCCCCGCACGGGCCGCCUGUGCACGGCCGACCCGACGCCCCAGGCGCACCAGACGUUCUGCGCCACGCUGGACUACCCCGGGCGAGUCGACGUCUCUUCCCUGUUCCCCGAGGUGCAGACCCUGGUCGCGUCGCUGGUCCAGCUCAGCGCCACGGCGCGGCCCCUCCUCGGCAACGUUACCAUCAACCCGAUGUUCCACGGCAAGGACGUGACGGUGCUCAAGACGAUCGACGGCAUCCCCGGCCGCAACCCGGCGGAGGCAGCCACCUUCCUGACCUCGGUCAGACCCGCGGUUUCGGGGUUCCCGCUCCGAGUCCAGCGGGACUGCAUCAUGUUGCCCCUCAUGGACGCCUGCGCCGCGGAGCCGUCCGGGCGGUUGUGGGCGUUCGCGCUCCCGAUCGUUACCGACGUGUGCGAGAGGCUGGACCGGAGAGAGAUCAUCUCCUCCGUGCAGGCGAAGUUCGGCCCGGCCCUUAGGUCCGAGCCCCUGGAGGCGUUGGCUUCGCUGGUGGCCGCGAUCCCUCUGUUCCUCCAGAAGAUGGAGGUUACCUUCUUUCGCUCGGACGUGGUGCCGAUGGUAUGCAGAGCGCUCCAAGCACAAGGAAACCCGCAAGUGAGGGAGUCCACCAAGCAGGCCAUGGACGUCCAGGAGGCCGCCCUUAAGGCUGUUGCGGACGAUGCGUUUCACCGUGCGAUCGACGGGAAGACGAGGGAGCUGGCGAUCCUGCCGCGAGUCUGCUGGCUCGUUGUGAGGGGCACGGCAGUGCGGGUCAAGGUCAACGCGCUGCUUUGCCUCUCCAAGACGUUUCACUUCCUCGUGGUUCGGGCCGUCGUGGACAAGGUCCUGCCGACGCUCAAGUUCUGCGCGGAACGCGACGAGACUGUUGCGAUCCAGCUGUGCGUGCUGGGGUGCUACGACGCCAUCGCGAAGCGCUUGGAGAAGCUCGGCCCGGUGGCCACGCACAUCCUGCCGGCGUGCACGCCGAUGCUCGCGUGCAAGGGGCUAAACUCCAACCAGUUCGAGAUGGCUGUGGGGAUCGUCCAGGGCAUGCUCGAGACGGUAAUCAAGUACCGGCGGGAACAGAUCGCCAACCCCAGCGCCACGGCCAUCAUCGAGAACCGGCCGACCCACCCCGGCGGAGAACCGGACGAGGCGGAGAUAGCGAGGCAGCGAGCGAUCGUUCUGGGCGGUUGGAAAGAAGCGCCGCCUGCCUCUUCGAAGCCGGCGGCGGCGCCGGCGGCGGCUUCAAGGCCCCUCUCUCCAGUGUCGGCAUCGUUCCCGGGGUCGGCGCCAGCACCGGCGCCGUCCUCCUCCUCCGGGGGCGGCGGCUUCGACAUGGCGGAUAUGUGGGCGGCCCCCCCCGCCUCGUCGUCGGGCUCGGCGGGUGCUCAGUCGGGGGCAUUCUCGGGGGACUUGUCCCCCGUGAGCAACAGCACCGCCAUGCCGAUUGCGGUCUCUGGUCGGAGCGGCGGCGGUGGAGGGAGGGGGGGGAGCAAAUUGUCGGGGUAUGGGUCUGCGUCGUCCGCGGCGGACAUGUUCCAGGGCCUGUCCGUUUCGGAGCAGAGUAAGGGGCCGGCGACGAACGGAAUGGCUGGCGGGUCUUCGGACCCGUUCGCUUCGGCGGGUCUCGGCGGUGCUUUCGGGGCCGCGGCGACCGGCAACGCCGCUACCGCAGGCGGCGGGAUGUCUUGGAUGAACGGGUCGUUUGGAGGAACAGGGGGUGCCACCAAUAGCGGUAGCGGUGGGGGAAUCUCGAACCAAUCACCCGGGUUGGGUGGCUUAUCCGGGCUAGGAGGUGCUGCUCCUGGCAGAGCGAAGGCCGCCAGGUCGAUGGGAAUUUCGCCUCCCCCGAAGCCAAGUGCGAGCUUCUCGUCGCCGCCACCGGCGAGUGGAGGAGGGGCUCCUGCGGGCGACCCGUUCGCCGCCUUCUUUGACGCCGCGGUUGCGGGGGGCCCCGGGGGGGGUGCUGCGAACAGCCCGCAGCAAGUGGCCCCUCCGUCUCUCGGUAUGAUGGGGGCGGCGAGUGGGGCUCCCCCAGCCUUUUUGGGCGGGGUCGGAGCAGGACCGGCUUCAGCUACCACCAGCGGUAAUGGCGGCGGCGGGUCUCUUGAAGACCAACUCGCGGAGACACAGCGGGAGAUCGCGCAAUUGACACGCGAGCUCGGCAGCGCGGGAAACGGCAUGAUGGCCGGCUUGGCCGCGGGCGGCGGGAUGGCGGCCGCUGUGGGAGGAGGGGCAGGCGGGGUCGGGUGGCCAAUGCCGGGUGCGCCUGCGCCUGCAGGGGGCAUGGGGAUGCCGGCCUGGCCUGGCGGUGGUGCGCCAAGCCAGAAGCAGCCACCUGCUGCUGCGCAGCAAGGGCAGCAGCAUGCGAAUUCCACCGACCCGUUCGCGUUCUUGGGGGAGGGCGGUCAGCAGGGAGGGAAGGGGAGCGGUUUUGACUUUUUCUCAUGAUGAUCCUAGAUGCCAACUGGUAAACACUGCGUGCUUUUGGUUCACCGUGUCUCCUGCCUUCGUUUGUGGAACUGCGCGGCACGUUUGCGCGGGACAUCAAAUUUGUUCUGCUGGUGAUGCUGGCGGGGGGUAAAUGCCACUCAGUGGUUUUGAUGAAAUCCCACGCGUUGGCGUGUCGUUCCUGCUGCUGGGGGGUGUUGCAAGCGUUGUUCUGUCAAUUGUUCUGUCAAUACAUGUAUUCGUACCACCACGUGGCCUGUGCUGUGCUGUGCGUAGUUGAGAUUGUCUCAAAAAUGGAUUGGUUUUGCCAUGUUGUCCGUCAGUACCCCCGGCCUUGACAGCAGGGGCGAUGAUGAUCUUGUGUGACGAAAUUUUGAAAACCCGUUUAUUGCCC